GAAAACAGGAUUUAUUGAAAGUCUGCGCUUCCACUACAAAAGUAUGGAUAUUCUUAUAUUUUAAGAAGCGAUUUCCCUUUUUAAAAUACCCAAAAGAAACACAUGUUGUUUGAAUAAUGGUAAUACAUAAUUAUUUCAUGUCAAAUUUACUAAUUCGUUUGUCGUAGCUUGCUAGCUUACCUAACUUUUGUCCAUCAGAUCAUGUGGUGCUCUACAGUACCUAACCUACUACGCUAAGAUGCCUGUUUCCUGCAGCAGCUGCGUUGAGAAGCGAGCCAUGUUGAAACGCCCCAAAACUGGCCACUCGCUCUGCAAGGAGUGUUUCUUUAUGGCCUUUGAGGAGGAGGUACAUCAGACCAUAGUCAAUGCAAGUCUCUUCAAAUCUGGUGAAACUGUAGCAAUCGCUGCCUCUGGAGGAAAAGAUUCCACUGUUCUUGCACAUGUCAUGAAGGUCCUGAAUGAGCGAUACAACUAUGGUCUUGAGCUUAUGCUCAUCUCAGUGGAUGAGGGGAUCACAGGUUACAGGGACGACUCUUUGGAGACAGUGAAGAGGAAUCAGCAGCAGUAUGAGCUUCCCCUGAAGAUUGUGUCGUAUGAAGAACUGUAUGGCUGGACUAUGGAUGCUAUAGUAAAGCAGGUGGGACGGAAAAAUAACUGCACGUUCUGUGGGGUGUUCAGAAGACAGGCGCUGGACAGGGGAGCCCUCAUGCUGAAAGUUGAUAAGAUAUGUACAGGUCAUAACGCUGAUGAUGUAGCAGAGACCGUUUUGAUGAACGUCCUGCGAGGGGACAUUGCACGUCUGCGACGCUGCACUACAAUUUCCACAGCCAGUGAGGGUGAAGGUGUUGUGCCACGUUGCAAGCCUCUCAAAUAUGCUUAUGAGAAAGAGAUUGUUCUGUAUGCCUAUUUUAAGAAGUUGGACUACUUUUCCACUGAAUGCAUCUAUUCUCCAAAUGCUUAUCGUGGACAUGCAAGAACCUUUCUGAAGGAUCUAGAAAGUAUAAGGCCCAGCUCCAUUGUAGAUAUCAUCCACUCUGGUGAGAACUUGUCUGUGCGGGAGGGGGUGAAGAUGCCUGUCCAGGGAACUUGCAGCCGCUGUGGCUACAUCUCGAGCCAGGCACUGUGCAAGUCAUGUGUUCUGCUGGAGGGACUGAAUCGAGGCCUGCCAAAGCUGGGAAUAGGCAAGCACCACAGACUGCAUGGGAAGAUCCUGUCCCAGCAGCCCCUGACUGAGAAGGAGGAGAGAAAACUAAAAUCAGUUGAAUCUUAACUUUUAACAAUUUAAGCUUUUUUUUUUAAAUGUAAACUUAAGUUAUGCCCACAACCUGUGUUUGCAACAUGGAAAAAUCUGAUGACUAGUUGGAGAAGGGAGGAAAUAGAACUUUUCUUUUUAAAUGUCACUGGCAUUCUGAUUAUUACGAAUAAAAAAAUGUUUUUACAGAAA